AUGCAUGAUAAGUGGGUGCAGGGCCYUUUCCAGUGCCCUGGGUCACGCUUGUCUGCCGGCAGGGCCCAGUAUGACGCCCACGGGAAGCUGGAAGAGGGUGUGCUGCGCAAGCCCACAUGCUUGGGGAGGUUCUGUCGAGUCGCCACGCCAUUGAACAACGCACAAAAGCCAGGGUGCCUUACCAGCAGUCCCGUUAGCGACAUUCUACUCCUGUCAGGUGAUACACCCCUCUCCGGUGUUGUGAUCGCUUGUUCCGACAGCUUUGCGCUGUGGAGUUUCGGUCUGCUACAGAUGGCUGAUAUCGUCACUCCCUCGAGAUCCUGCCCAGGUGACACUGCUGUUGCUCUGAAACUAAUCCAGAACCAAAGCUGCGAGCGGAAGUCGAUUGGGGAGCUGUUGGGAACGCUAAUAAGUUUGUUGGUAUCAACAUACACCAUCAAACUGGCUGUACUACCUCCUGUCCACCUGGAGUCGUACCAGAAAUGUCCCCAUCCGUGCUAG